AUGGAGUCCCUAUUUAUCAAAAUAGUAUGCAUUGGUUGUCUCAUUACAUGCUUAACAGUUUACUACGAAGAAGUUUUGGAGUUUGUGAAGUUUCAAGCCUAUGGGAACCCGUACUGGUUGAAUGUUUCGCAAUUGGAAGAAUGCAUUUGUGAUGGAGGAAAAACAAGGAAUUGUUAUCCACAUCCCGAUGACUCAGGACUAUGUGGAAAAUGUUUCGCAACAUGCCCAGAAGUGAAAACAGAAUUUCCAGAAAAUAUCGGCAAAAGGUCCGAUGAACUCGUGUUUGGACUUUCUGCUUCAAUGAAUGACGUGAAUCGACUUCUGGUGCUAAUUGCUUCCAUCCAUCGGAAUUUCCCAACGACAAAGUUGAUUAUCUUUGAUCAUGCCAAUGGGACAGCGCUAGAAAGUCAAUUGAUCAGUAUCCGAAAUGUGGAAGUGGUGAACUUCAAGAACCGUGUGGAUGGAAAAGCUGCCAACACUCCAUUUUAUCUGCAGGAAAUCCUCGCUCAUUAUUCAAAUGUUCUGUGGUUAACCCAUGACGUGGAAAUUCUCAAUACAAAGCUGAUGCAAGCCGGCCCGUUCAGAAGGUCGUCCAAAUUUGAUGUCACAUACAUUUCACAUGAUAAGCGUCGAAAAGUCACGUCUUCUGGCUAUCGUCCGUACUUCCCCACCAGUUCAUUGAUGCCUCACUUCCCGAUGGCCAUUUUGCUGAAGAAUGAAGCUAGAAAUCUGAUCAGAUGGGUGGAAAAAUGCGCGUUGACACCCGAAUGCUGGAAAUGUGAUACAUCAUCAGGCAUGAUUGAAGAUUGCACAUGGAUGGUGUUACAUCAAGUGGCGAUAGACGCCGAGCAGUUUCGAUUUCUGGGAGACACCAAUGGGUCCAUCAAUAAACAAACGUGGGGACCGCCGGAAUGUGACUUCUACUGUACGUUAUGGCUUGUCAGCAUCACGAUAGUUGCAGUGGUGUCAUUUGGAGUUUUAGCAUUGGUGCUGCUGAAAAAUUCUACAAAGAAAACAAAAUGA